AUGGAGAAGAUUCAUGUGGUUUGCAUACCAUACCCAGUUCAGAGCCACAUAAGCUCCAUGAUGAAGCUAGCUAAGAUUCUUCAAUUUCAAAUAACCUUUGUAAACACAGAAUUCAAUCAUCAACGUUUACUAAAUGCAAGAGGACCAGAUGCGGUUAAAGGCUUAGCUGAUUUUCGUUUCGAAACAAUCUCUGACGGUCUUCCACCACCAAGCAAUCCUAAUGUCAGCCAAGAUAUCCUAACCCUGUGCAUGUCAACAAAAAAGAACUGCUUAGAGUUCUUUCGAAAUCUUAUUCAUAGACUAAACAAUACUACAUAUUCAAAUGUCCCUCCUGUGAGUUGUAUUGUUUCUGAUGGUAUUAUGAGCUUCACUCUACAAGCUGCUAAAGAGUUUGGAAUUCCAGUUUUCUUAUACUGGCCUGUCAGCUUUUGCGCCUUUGUUUGUAUUCUGCACUUCCCUAAUCUUAUCCAAAGAGGUCUUGUUCCACUCAAAGGCGAGAGUUACCUAACAAAUGGGUACAUGGAGAACACACUAGUUGACUGGAUUCCAGGUGUAAAAGAUAUCAGAUUUAAAGAUUUACCUAGUCCUGUUCGAACUACGAAUCCAAAUGAUCCAAUGCUUGAUUUUAUAACCCGAGAAACUGGAAGAACUCAUGAUGCUGCAGCCUUGAUAUUCAAUACAUUCGAUGCCCUGGAGAUGGAGGUUUUGGAUGCACUCAAGUCUGAGUUACCACUGCCCCCUGUUUACACCGUCGGUCCUCUUCAUUUACUCCUCAAUCAGAUACCUUUAAGUGAGUCGCAAUCUCUUGGAUCUAAUCUGUGGAAAGAAGAUACAGAGUGUAUGAAAUGGCUUGAUUCCAAAGAACCUAAAUCAGUUGUGUAUGUGAAUUUUGGCAGCAUCACUGUUAUGACACCUCAACAACUCGUUGAAUUCGCAUGGGGACUAGCAAACAGUAAACAUAAUUUCUUGUGGAUUAUAAGACCUGAUCUUGUGGAUGGUGAGUCGGCUACCUUGCCACCUGAAUUUGCAUUAGAAAUUAAAGAAAGAGGACUACUAGCAAGUUGGUGCCCGCAAGAAGAUGUCCUAAAUCAUGCAUCAAUAGCUGGAUUCUUGACACAUUGUGGUUGGAAUUCAACUCUCGAAAGCUUGAGUUGUGGGGUUCCGAUGAUCUCUUGGCCGUUUUUUGCAGAGCAACAUACAAACUGCAGGUACUUAUGUAAGCACUGGGAAGUCAGUAUGGAGAUCAAUAGCAAUGUUGAGAGAUCUGAAGUUGAGAGGUUAGUGAGAGAGUUAAUGGAAGGGGAGAAAGGUAAGAAAAUGAAGAAAAAAGCCAUGGAGUGGAAGAAGAAAGCAGUGGAAGCCACCUCACCUGGUGGUUCGUCUUAUGUUACUAUAGACAAGAUUGUAAGCAAAAUACUUGCGAGCAAAAUUACAGACCAAUAAACCAAAUGAUUUUCUGGAGUCGGGGUUCAAGUAGAUUACACAUACAACUAGCUGAAUAUUCCUAUUUACAUUCUCCAUUCUGGUAACAUUUAUCAGGAAAUAUGUAAUUUUCAAGUAUGAGUAUCAAAUCUGUGAGGUCUAAUAAUAAGCUUGUAAAAUCAGGAUUUCAUGUGUUUUUAAUUUUUGAAUACUAUUCUAGUUUUCGGCAUUCAAAAACAUAAAUCAAGUGUUAUACUUGAAAGGUAAUGAAUGACCUUACCUGAAGAAGCGAAAAUCCUAUGAGUAAUCCAGCUCUUCCAUGUCAGGAUCACUCAUAA